AUGGUCGCCGCCGUUCCCGCCUAUCGCCGUCGAUGGCCUCCGGUUGCAGGACGCCUUCCUGAAUCGUAUGAUGCAACGUCGCGAGCGACCCCGAGUGUCUCAGCGGACUGUGUCGUGAUUGGCGGCGGAAUCAACAGACUCUGCACGGCGCAGUCGUUUUUAACGAAUGCCUGGGCGGCGCCGGAGGUGAAGGAACAGUUAAAUCGGCGGCAACAUCACCACCAUCGAGAGGGAUGUCUUCCAGCCUUCCGAUACCAUGCUCUCCAUGCCAACGACAACGCAGCGCUGGGUUACCUUUUCAAGGACACGAUGAGUCAACUAGCUAGUUCUUCAAAUAGAGAGAUCACACUUGCUAUAAUCAAUGAUAUUGGAGAUAAAUUCUUUUCUUUGAUGGUUGAUGAGGCUCGGGACAGUUCAGUGAAGGUGCAUAUGGGAAUUGUUUUGAGGUAUGUGAAUAAAGAAGGAUGUGUGAUUGAACGAUUUCUUGCGGUUGUGCAUGUGCCUGACAUUAGUUCUCAUUCUUUGAAAAUGGCUAUUGAUACUUUAUUUGUGCAACAUGGUUUAUCAUUAUCUAGAUUGAGAGGCCAAGGAUAUGAUGGAGCUUCAAAUAUGCGUGGCGAAUUUAAUGGAUUGAAAUCCCUGAUACUACAAGAAAAUCCAUUUGCAAUGUAUGUUCAUUGUUUCUCUCAUCAGCUCCAAUUAGUUCUUGUUGCUAUUGCCCAUGACAAUUUUACUAUGAGUAAAUUUUUUGGGUAUAUAACCAUGAUUGUGAAUAUAUCUGGAGCAUCUUGUAAGAGGAGAGAUCAACUUAGAAAGAUUCAACAUGAUAAGAUAAUUGUUGAAUUGGAAAGUGGAGAAAUUACUAGUGGAAAAGGAAAAAAUCAAGAAACUAGUUUAGCAAGACCUGGAGAUACUCGUUGGGGAUCACACUACUUAACAUUACUUCGUUUAUGCUCUAUGUGGUCUUCAGUGAUAGAAGUGUUAGGAAAUAUACAUGAUGAUGCCUCUUUUUCUGUGAAUAAAGGUGUUGCCGCAGGUUUAAUUGAGAAGAUGGAGAGUUAUCAAUUUGUUUUUGUGUUACAUUUGAUGAAGUAUAUAUUGGGAAUUACAAAUGAGUUAUCACUUUCCCUACAACAAGGGGAUCAAAAUAUUGUUCAAGCCAUGUCCUUGGUUAGAAGUGUGAAAUGUCGACUACAAGACUUCAGGGAAGAUGGAUGGCAGAUAAUUUUGGAACAAGUUAACACAUUUUCUGAAUUGAAUAUGAUUCCAAUACUUGAUAUGGAGGACAACAUGCUAACUCGUGGACAUGGUAGGCGUAGAGGGCAACUCAUCACCAAUUUUCAUCAUUAUCGUGUGGAGAUUUUUUGUCAGAAAUUGGUUGCGACUGAAAAACAUUUGGUGUUCCCAUUGGUUUAUCGUAUGAUAGAGUUGGCAUUAGUUUUACCAGUUGCAACUGCUUCGGUUGAACGAGUUUUUUCUACAAUGAAGACUAUGAAGACUGUGAAGACUGAUUUACGCAAUAGAAUGGGAGAUGAAUGGAUGAAUGACAGUCUAGUUAAUCCAAUUGCCUCCUCUUGUAUCGACUCGUCGACCGUCGCAGUCGCAGACUUCUGUGCCAACCAGGAAAUGAAGCUCACCUAUGGAAGAAAGGUUAUGGAGAAUCAGUCGAGUAUUAAGUGGGACAAUGGAAAGACUCUCGAGUUCUAG